CCGGGAGGGUCCCCGGGCGUGCGGCCGGGCCGGCGGGUGACGCUUUCUGGGCAGACGCAGCGCCAUGCGCGCCCCCCGUGCCAGGGCGCUGCUGCUGAUUACGCGCCGGGGCCCUGCCGUGCGUCCGUGGGCCCCGGCGGUGGUCUCCUCUAGGACAUGGCUGGCUUCUGAGUGGACUCCGCUCGUACGUGCGUGGACGUCCCUAGUCCGCGAGCCGACCCCUGGCCUCCGCUUUCCCGCGCCCCUUUCGGGGCUGCCCGGAGGCGUGGGGCGGUGGGCCGCGUCCGCAGGGACGCGCAGGUGCUGGGUGCUGGCGGGACCCCGCGCCGCGCAUCCCCUGUUCGCCAGACUCCAGGGAGUCCCGGCAGCAGCCACCCGAGUGCGAGGUCUUGGCAACGACUCGCGGCGGCGGCCCGCGGCGACUCGGCGCUCAGAAGUAUGGAAGCUCCUGGGGCUGGUGCACCCCGAGCGCGGGAGGCUAUCAGCUGCUGUUGGCUUUCUUGCUGUGUCCAGCGUCAUCACCAUGUCCGCCCCUUUCUUCCUUGGGAGGAUCAUUGACGUCAUCUACACCAACCCCAGCGGGGACUAUGCUGCCAGCCUGACUCGCCUCUGUGCUGGACUCACCUGUGUGUUCCUCUGUGGUGCUGCUGCGAACGCCGUCCGUGUCUACCUCAUGCAGUCUUCAGGUCAGAGCAUCGUGAACAGGCUGCGCACCUCACUCUUCUCCUCGAUUCUAAGGCAGGAGGUUGCGUUCUUUGACAAGACCCGCACAGGAGAAUUGAUCAACCGCCUCUCCUCAGAUACCGCACUCCUGGGUCGCUCAGUGACCGAAAACCUGUCUGACGGACUGAGGGCGGGGGCCCAGGCCUCGGUCGGUGUUGGCAUGAUGUUUUUCGUGUCACCCAGUCUGGCCACCUUUGUCCUUGGUGUGGUGCCCCCAAUCUCUGUCCUCGCUGUGAUCUAUGGGAGGUAUCUACGGAAACUGUCAAAAGCCACACAGGACUCUUUGGCACAAGCCACACAGCUAGCUGAGGAGCGAAUCGGAAACAUAAGAACCAUCCGAGCGUUUGGGAAGGAGAUGACGGAAGUGGAGAAGUACACCAGCCACGUGGGCCAGCUGCUGCACCUGGCACAGAAGGAGGCCUUCGCACGCGCCGGCUUCUUUGGAGCAGCUGGGCUCUCAGGAAACCUGAUUGUGUUGUCGGUCCUGUACAGGGGAGGCCUGCUGAUGGGCAGUGCUCACAUGACGGUGGGCGAGCUCUCCUCCUUCCUCAUGUAUGCUUUCUGGGUUGGACUGAGCAUCGGAGGUCUGAGUUCCUUCUACUCCGAGCUGAUGAAAGGCCUGGGUGCUGGUGGGCGGCUCUGGGAGCUGCUGGAGAGACAGCCGCAGCUGCCUUAUAAUGAGGGGACUGUGUUGGAUGAGAAAAGCUUCCGAGGUGCCCUGGAGUUCAGAAACGUGCACUUCUCGUACCCUGCUCGCCCGGAGGUGUCUGUGUUCCAGGACUUUAGUCUUUCUAUUCCGUCUGGAUCUGUCACGGCACUGGUUGGCCCUAGUGGAUCUGGAAAGUCAACAGUGGUCUCACUCCUGCUGCGGCUCUAUGACCCCGUCUCGGGAACAGUCAGUCUUGACGGUCAUGACAUUCGACAACUAAACCCUGUCUGGCUGAGAUCCAAGAUUGGGACAGUAAGUCAGGAGCCGGUCCUGUUUUCCUGCUCCAUCGCGGAAAACAUUGCCUACGGUGCUGAUAGCCUCUCCUCAGUCACAGCCCAGCAGGUGGAGAGGGCAGCAGAGAUGGCCAAUGCCGCUGAGUUCAUCCACGCCUUCCCUCAGGGCUUUGACACUGUGGUUGGUGAGAAGGGCGUCCUCCUGUCUGGCGGGCAGAAACAGAGGAUUGCAAUAGCCAGGGCUCUGCUGAAGAACCCCAAAAUUCUUCUCCUUGAUGAAGCAACCAGUGCACUGGAUGCCGAAAAUGAGCACCUGGUACAGGAGGCACUUGACCGGCUGAUGGAAGGGAGAACAGUGUUGAUCAUAGCGCACCGCCUGUCCACCAUUAAGAAUGCCAAUUUUGUUGCUGUCCUUGACCAGGGAAAAAUCUGUGAACACGGGACACAUGAACAGCUGCUUUUGAAGCCCAGUGGGCUGUACAGGAAACUAAUGGACAAGCAGAAUUUCACAGCAGUGUAAGGAAGCGGCUCCUGGAGCUGGC